AUGGGUAGAGUGUGUGCUGUUAAAAAUUGUAAUACUGGCAGUGCAGCAGAUAAGAAACUACGUAAGGAGCUAAAUUUGAAGACUCCUGGAUUUUUUAAAGUACCCCAAAGUCCAACACAACGUCAAGAGUGGAUAAACUCUCUGUCAAUGGAAUUAAAUAGUCGUCAGUACGUUUGUGAUUUGCAUUUUCCUGAAAAUUCAAUUCAGCAUUCUUACAUUACUAAUUUACCUGAUGGAGAGAUUAAUAAAAUUGCGAAAGGGCGAAUAACCCGAAUUUUCAAUUCAAUCCCACUGAUUGUUGAUCCACCACAAUGUACAACAAUUAACUACAGUGAUGUUCAAGUUCUGAAUAAGAGGAUUGAAUUACAAGGCAAGGAAUUUGAGCAGUGCCAACAGCAGCAGCAUCAGCAGCUACAACAACAGCAGGAACAGUUUCAGCAGCAGGAAGAGUUUCGGCAACAGGAAGAGUUUCGGCACCAGGAGGAGUUUCAGCAACAGGAAAAGCAACAGAAUGAGUUUCAGCAGCAAGAAGCACAAUCAAAUGACAAUUUUGUGCUAGAAAAAGACUAUCUAAGAGCCCCUGUGAAAAGAAAAUUAAUUUAUCCUGAUGAAAAUAUGACAAUCAAAAGAGUAAAACAUUCUGAGCAUAGCAUAGAUUAUAACGAUGAAAUAAAUCUCGAUGAUGAUGAAAAAAUUCUGAAAAUAAUUGUAGAGCUGAAUACAUUGUUUCCAAUCGGUUGGAGUUUUUUUCCUGGUGUUAAUCAAUUAACAGCACUCCAAUUAGAUCGUAUAAAAUUUAAGGAAAGAGCUCGAUUAAAAUUAAGUGACGAUGGAUCUGUUUUGGUUACAUACAUAGAACGCGUUGAAAAAAAAUUGGAUGUACAGAUAAAGUCUAUCAAUGACUUAAUUAAGUGUUUGGAAUCUUUCCAAGAAAAAAAAUUAUGUUCAGGGACAGGGUUUGAUAGAAAAAGUUAUUCACAAAGAUGUCAUGGGGAUGUAACGGAUAACUAUAAACGUUGUCACGCUUGUCCAAGGUGCCCCGAAUGUCGAAAACUGCGUUUAAAUAUACUGAAAGCAGAAAAAGAACGAAAACAUCAAGCUAAAAAUAAAAGGACUUCUAAAAUUCCAACUGAACUGCCUAAACAAACAAAACGAAUGCAACAACAGUUGCGAUCAUCAGCAUCAAAGCUACGAGUUGUUCAACGAAAAGCGAAAACAUUUUAUGAGGGCCAAUUUAAUAAAAAAAUUUCGCUACUACCAAAACAGCAACAAAUUACUGUCAGAAUGUGCUUUGAAAAUAGUAAAAGGAAAGGUCCAACUGGUAGAAGGUAUGAAGUGGAAUGGAUUUACGAAUGUCUCUUGAUUCGCAUGAAAAGUACUUGUACAUAUAAUAUGAUUCGAGCAAGAAACAUCAUUCCUCUACCAACUAUUGAUACUUUAUCCCGAUACAUUCAAAAAAUUAGCUCUUCUAUUUUUGGAUUUUUACCUGAAACCUUCAAAGUUUUAAAAGAAAAAGGACUAUCGAUGGCCCCUGGAGAUCGAAUAGGUCAAAUUUCAGCUGAUGAAGUAAAACUGAUGGAAAAUAUUGAGUAUAACAAAAAGAUUGCUGAAUAUACUGGUUUCGUUGACCUUGGAAAAUAUACAUCUGGAUCUGAUAGUGAUGUUGCUGGAGACCAUGCUCUCGUAUUUAUGUUCGUACCGUACAGAGGCAAUUCUGCUCAGCCUUUAGGAUGUUUUAUUACUAAAAAUUCAAUAACUAGUGAAGUUCUUCAUAAGUUAUUCUUGGAGUGCAUUAUUCUUGUUGAAAAUGCUGGUUUCCAUGUGAAUUCGAUCGUUACUGAUGCUGCACAAUGGAACCGCGGUGUUUGGACGAAAUUAGGAGUUGAUCCCAAUAAUAUCAGCUGUGAGCAUCCAUGUGAUUCUAACAGAAGAUUAUGGGUAAUAUCCGAUUUUCCGUAUUUAGUUAAAUGUUUUAGAAAUGGAUUAAUUGAAUUAGAUGAAUUCGAGACACCAUUAGGGAUUGUAAAAAAAAAAUAUUGGGAAAACCUAUUAAAAGUUGAGCAGUUUGAAAAACCAAAUUUGGCUAUGGCCUAUAAACUCACGCCAGCUCACUUGGACCCAAAAUUGUAUCAAAAGAUGUCUGUUCCGCUAGCUUAUCAGCUAUAUUCACGUGAAGUGCGUUGUGCGAUGACAGUUUUACGAGAAAAUGGCAAUGACAACUUUGAAGGAUCAGAACCAACUGAAAAAUUUAUUAAAAUAAUAGACGAUGGAAUUCAAGCCAUGACUUCUCAUGAUUCUAAUAACGCUCUGUACUUCAAGGAUUCCUGUGAGCAGAAGCAGGUAAUAAAAAAUAAGUCAAUAUAUAUUAAUCAGCACAGUUAA